GCUCGCAAAUCAGUCAGAGUGCCCCAGCUAACAGUCGUGUGCAGACGUGCCAAGAAAGUGCUACAAGAAAAAUAUAAAAGUGCUCCAAGUAUACAGAGACAUACACCCUAAAACGCACACACGUUAAGCUGUUUUUUUGAUCGUGAAAGAAAAGAAACAAGGAGAAAAGUGCGGUGGCAAGCGAAAGAGCUUGAUAGAGAAAGACCGAGAAGCGAAAGAAAGAAAAAGUGAAAAGGGCAGCAGAAACAAGAAACAGACAAAAAAAGAUCAUGGCCAGUGCAGAGCAGAAACACGCCACCGCCACCGGGAAUGGAACAACCGGCAAUGGAACUAUCACCGAUGUCGUCGAACAGCCUAAGGAUGCCAAGGACCUGUUGCCGCACUUGGAGUCUCUCGAAAGGAUCAUCAAAUUGCCGGUGGUGAAUGCGGCAUGGGACAAAUCCCAGGAUGUGUAUGGCAAAGUAAAAGGAAAAAAUCGUGUUUUUGAAUGGGCUUUAACGGCGGCCGAGGAUUGUGUGACGAGAGCUGUGACAACCGCGGCUCCUUUCGUCACCAAACUGGACCGACCCAUCGCCUAUGUGGACCAAACUUUGGUCAAGGGCAUCGAUAAGCUGGAGGUUAAGGCGCCCAUCAUCAAGGACACACCCCAGGAGAUUUACAACCAGGCCAAGAGCAAGGUGAUCGAUGUGGUGCAGCCUCAUCUGGAACGUGUUGUUAAGUUCAAGGCAGCCGGCCAGCAGAAGGCCGCUUCCCUGAAGGAUCUUGCCUGGCAGAAGGCCAACGAGGUGCUGGCCACCCAGUACGGCAGCCUGGCUGUCAAUGGAGUGGACACCACCACGGCGCUGGCUGAACGACUCCUGGAAUACUACUUCCCCAAGUGCGAGUCCGAUGUGGAGGAGGAUAAUGAUGAUAAACAAAAUGCCGUCGUGCAGAAUGGCAAGAGUUCUGAAAAUGACAUGCCAGUUCCCGCCAGCGAGGAUCCAGUCCUACACACAGUACAGACAGUUGGACGGCUAUCCAACAAGAUCUCGCGUCGCGUCUAUAGAAAUGUCUCCCGACAGAUCAAGCAGGUCCAGAAGGGCAACAUCAACGACUAUCUAAGCUCUUUGAUAGCUGCUCUCAAGUUGCAUCAGUACAUCAAUUUCAUAAACUCGUCGAUGGGCACGAAUGUGGAGCAGUCGGGCAAUAGCAGCGACACCUGUUCGCCAUUUGGUACAACCAGCACUAGCAGCAGCAGCAACAACACCACCACUUCCACCAGCAACAACGCAGCAGUUGUGGCCAAGCCGCAGGUGGCUAAAAGCAAACAGGCAGCGGCGGCGGUGUCUUCCCAGUAGUGGAUUCAACAGCAGCCCAUUUAUUUACUAUAUCUAUAGCUAGAUAUUAUCCUUUUUCACCCAUGCACACACACACACACACACUAAGACCCCCUAAAACACCACCCACGCCGCCCAUUUUAUAUUGUAUUUUAUAAUUUCGCCCCCCCUUUUUUUUGCUCAAUUUUUUUUUCAUUAAGUACUUGCCUAUACAAGUGGUGCGUACAACCAUAGAGGAUCAUUAAAAAGUGGAAAAGGUUUUUUAAACGCGACCGCCCUGAGCCCCGCCCCCUGCGCAACCAGCUUUGUAAAUAUUUAUUUGAAGUAUAGCCCUCAGCACCCUAGUUUUAAGGAUAUAUAAUAGUCGCAGAGAGUUCGGGAGUAAGAUGAGCGCGUUUUUUUUUUCGUCAAUUUUAGCUGUGCUAAAGUGCCACGCAUGCAUUGAAUAAUACAUAAUAUAUAUAUACACCUAUAUAUGCCUAAUAUAUACACAGAGAUAUAUAAUAUAUAUAUAAAGAAACAUACGCACACACGGUUGGCAUAGUGUGGUUUAGCUAUACGUAUACGUAAUCUAAUACCUAAUGCUAUUUCUAUCUCUAUUUAAUUUCCAUUGUACGCUCGCUGGGAGCCCAACCAGAGGAUGUCUAAUUGCUAAUGAAAAUGAAUUAUGAUAUAUAUAUAUAUAUAUAUAUAUGCAUAUAUAUAUGUAUAUACAUAA